CAAGAAGAUGUCACAGAGUAUGAACGUAUCUUUUGCUCUCUUGUUUUGCCUUUUGGCACUUGGAAAUGCCGAUCUGCAAAUGUACCAUCCCUUGAUGACCCUGCACCAUCAACCCACUUUUGCGAAGGUGGGUCAGCUGGUGGAGCAUGUGCCCACCGCAGUUUCCCACCAGAGUUCCACCAUCGUUCAUCGUAGUGUUCCAAGGAUAUCAUCACUGCUGACACCUGCCUUGAGGUCCACCUACCUGAACUAUCCCACCUGGAGUUAUCCACUUUUCGAUUGGACCAACACGCUCUACAGAAAAUAG